UGAGCGCGACCGGAUCUGAGAGAAGAAGGGGCCCCGACCCCGAGGAGAUCGUGGAGGACAAGCCCGUUAUCGAAAUCGAAGACGACGACGACGUGUUCCCGGACGAAGACCCCGACCCGGCGGCGACGGCUCAAUUGUACAUGUCGCAGCUUGAGUCGUACGCGACGCAGACCAACGUUCAGAAGCUCUCCGAGGAGGAGAAACACAAGCUCGUCGCCGAAGUAAUGCGGUACAUGCUCUUCUCGCAGUACCGCGACGGCGCUCCGGUGACCAGGACCAAGCUCUCGGAGCACCUCUCCAAGAUUGCGCCCGAGCUGAAGCGCGCCAAGGUUUCGUCUUACAUCGUCGCCGAGGCGCAGGUCAAGUUUAACGAGAUCUUCGGCAUCGAGAUGAAGGAACUGUCGCGAAAGGCGCAGAAGAAGACCGGGGCGGCGAGGACUAAUCUGCAGGCGUCGGAACCCACCAAGGAGUACGUGCUCAAAUCCUUGUUGCCGUCGAAGAUUCGCAGGCAGUUCAUCGACCGGGAGGAGGAUCACACGUUCCGCGGGUUUGUCAUGGCAGUUGUCGCACUCGUCUCCGUCAGCGGCGGCGAGAUCGAGGAGCAGGUCCUGUGGAAGCACCUGGCGAGACUUGGGGUGAGGCACGACGACGAAGCACAUCCCAAGCUGGGCAACGUGAGGGACACGCUCAACAAGUUGUGCUUGCAGAGGUACCUGAUGAAGGAGAAGGGUGUGGGCAGCGACGGCAAGGAUACGUUCAGGUAUUCACUCGCGGAGCGCGCCAUGGACGAGCUGCCGACAGAGAAGGUGGACAAGUACGUGACGGAACUGAUGCGGGGGCACAAUGACGAGGACGGGAACGCAGCGGGAGAGAACGGCAACACCACGUGAGGCCUUGGGCGCGACAACGGUUGAUAGCUCCUUCGGAGAAUGCGAUGAUUUUAGGAUGAAUAAUUACACGAGAUAGAUACAGCACAACCCAGCGGGUAAUAUGUAAUAUCGCGGGUCGCGCGAGGCGCAAACGCCAUCACUUCUUCUUCUUCGCAUCCUCUUUCUUUCCACCGUCGAUGAGUUCCAUCACGCCGUCGAACAGCUUCUUGGUCCACAGCAGCUGAAGCGUGGUGAAGAAUACGUUUGCGAGCAGGACACCCGCGGUGAUAUACCCCGGGUACUGCUCCGGAAAGUUCCCCGCCUUCAGGAUCCCCAGGCCGUCCUUCCACACCGUGAUGGCUGUCCACACCCACAGGAUGUCACGCACGAUCAGGAACAGUACCCCGAAGGAGAGCUUGGAAGCGAGGUCGAGCCACGGGAACCGCUUGGUCAGCUCGGGGUAAUACUUGCAGAUGUCCACGAUGACAAGCGGUACAGACGACACCUCGGCGACGCCCAUGAAGUAUACGCCGUAGUAGUGCAUGUAGGGCAUAGUGAUGGCCCAGUAGCACAGGAGCGCGGCGAGAAAGUGGUGCGCCAGCAUCUCCGGCGCGGCGGUCUCCUUGUGAAGCAUCGACGCGAAAAAGUCCCAGGUCUGAAACGCAAAGUUGCACUGCAGCACGUUCCUCGCGUGCGGGCUGGUUGCGUACAGCCUCUGCUCCUUGGUGGUGAAGUCGUCGAGCUUGA